UUACAUAUUCCCCCCCCCCCCACCACUCUCUCUCUCUAAAAAGUCAGCGCCUCCUUUUGUCCCUCAACCAUAAACCAGAAGCAAAGAAAUGGAGGAUGACUGGGAUCUCCACGCCAUCGUCAGAGGCUGCGCCGCCCUCACCGCCCCCUCCCCCGCAGCAGCAACGAACAACAACACCAGAUCCUUUGAAUCUCUCCAUACUCAUAACUUCUCGGUCUCUUCCUUCCAAGAUCUGCUCCAGCCCAGACGAAACGACGUCGUUCCACAAGAUCUCUACCAACCCUUUUUCCCCAAAUCCCAAAUCCCUUUUUCUUUGCCGAUUUCGCAAGAUCCGCCGCAAACGCAAACGCAGCAGCCUUUCUCUGUUUCGAAUGCCCCAAAAAUCACUGCUUCUCACACUCCCACCCCAAGGCCCAAAAGAAGAAAGUGCUACAACAAGAAGGUUUGCCACGUGGCAGCCGAGAAUCUAUCUUCCGACGUGUGGUCGUGGAGAAAAUACGGGCAGAAACCAAUCAAAGGCUCUCCAUAUCCAAGGGGUUAUUACAGAUGCAGCACCUCAAAAGGCUGUAUGGCGAGGAAGCAAGUGGAGCGGAAUAAAUCCGACCCGGGAAUGUUCAUCGUGACCUACACGGCGGAGCACAACCACCCCAUGCCCACCCACCGCAACUCCCUCGCCGGCAGCACCCGCCACAAGCCGGCUGAGCCUCCCGCCUCCAAGAAUUCCUCUCUCUCACCGUCCGAGAGCCUCUCGCCGGUGCCGGAGAAGCUGGAGAGCAGCAGAGAGGAGGAUUUAGCCGACGACGAAGACGACGCCGUUUUUAGCGUUGCGGACAUGGCUUUGGAUGACGAUUUCUUCGCCGGUUUGGAGGAUUUCACGGCUGGCUCCGCCCACUUGCAGUUCCCGUGGCUGUCCACUAGCGCUAAAACCACCACCACCGCCGGCGGCCGUUGACCGGUGGAGGAGAAGUGAUUAGAUAGUUAGAUGCUUCUUAUUUUAGUAUUUGUAGAAGUCAACAUUUUUUAUACUACUACAGUAUUUUUCUCUAUUAUUCUGGUGUGGGCUGAGUUGUAAAGAAUCUAGACAUGACAUUGUGUUUUUUAUUUCAUCUUUUUUUUGGUAGUUUUUCAAUCAUGUAUAUAUGAGAAAAGGUGUUAUUUAUUGUUAUGCGUAAUGAAAUCAUGAUUAAGAAUUUUAUGAUUAUGCUUAA